AUGAACGAUCGAUUCGAUGUGGAAUUACAAAUGGUUAAUAAUAAGGAGGUAACUCAGGUUAAUAAAAUUAAGGAAAGUCCCGGAAACGAUGUUACGGCUUUAGGAACUGUUGGUGCAAGGCAAAAUCAAAGAACAUGGGUCCUGUUUAGUUUUGGUGGAGGGGGUGAUGACGACGGUGAUGACGAUGAUGAUGAGGAGGAAGACCGUUAUUACUUGGGUACUCUUUUGCUCCUGCUUGCUACAGAAGUGUAUUGUGCUUGCGUCGGUUCGUGGGAUGGGUUGAUUUAUACGGGCGCGUAA